AUGGCGCGCAUUACUUUGUUGUUGUUUUGUUUUGUUCUGGUUUCCUACUCGAGUGGAUAUUUGAUAAGAGGAAGAAGUUUCGAUGACAUCAACACGAAGGAGAUUCAACUGGUUAAAGAAGACGGUAACUUAAUAGACGGCGAUAUAGAUGAUCGGUCUCCACCCGUGGUUGAUGUCUACGGUAAGAAGAAAUGUGCUGCCGUUGGAGAAUUCUGCAACAAUCACAGCGACUGCUGUUCUAAUUCCUGCUUAGGCUACAUGAAGAGAUGUGUGUCGUAA